GUAAGAUUGUCUAGUGGAACGUCAGCUGCUAAUACUAGCAGCAACUUUAUUCUGCUGAAAUUCAACAGAGAUACGGAACCGUCCCACAAUACUGAGCAGCGAGCAUCAAGAAAUCAACGACUUUAUGUAAAACCAUCACUGAAAAUCGAAUUUCGAAUACUAAGAUUACUUCUUUGUAUGCAUCACUUUGUCUGAACUUUCAACUUCCAAAAUGUGUUGUUUUUGAAUUUCUACUAAUGAGCACAUUUACUUGAUGCCUUGUUUACAAAUAUGGACAAUAAUUAUAUCUAUUGUUGUGAUAAUUGUGAACUACAAUGAAAGUCUCCAUCUCAAAAAUGCUGCGCUGAACGGUGGCUAUGUUGGUUGUCUAUAUCAGAGUGUUUGUUUAGAGGGAGAGAAAUGCUAUGACGACUCGUUGUUUGGAAGGUGUGUCAAAAACAAUGUUGAAGAAGAAAUACUAGUCUCUGGUCCUUACCAAAAACCUACAUUGCAGUCUCUUCUUCCAUCGUACAGACCAGAAAAUGUUGAUUGGUCUGAUACAACUCUGCAAUGUUUGAUAAGGGCAACAAUUCUGAUGUCCAAAACUCAGACAAACUUUGUUGAUGCGAAGUCGUUUUGUUUAAAUGGACAUAAUGAAGAUGUUGCUGAAGACUUAAUAUUCAGUCGAUAUGACAACUAUGACAGUAACGAGAAAGUAGAUAAAGAACUCAUCCAUAUACUACCUUCUCUACUAAUGUCACCCUCCUUACACUCCUCGACACCUAUCAAGAGUAAUGCUAUUGACGAUCAAUUCAAAUGGCAGUAUGUAAAACGUGCAGCUCCAAUAAAUCGAGCAUAUCCAAACUAUAUAUUUAAUAACCCCCUGGAAACACCAAGCUCUUAUUAUGAGCCAUUGCCUAGAAGUAGUGGUGAAAAUUAUGACCAGUGGAUGGAUGCUUAUGGUAAAAAUGAAGCAAUGAAUACAGAAAUGUAUAAUGAAAAUCAAAUGAACGAUUUCAGUCAACGAAUUCAACAAAUGAUACCUUUGUCGGAAAAUUUAAGAGGAGAGUCAAACUAUGAGAAUAAGCAAGUUGAUGGACAUCAAUUAAUGGAUGAUACAUCACAGAGAAAAGAUAAUGAGAUGAUAACGGAGCCGAAAUUAUAUCAAUAUUACAAUCUAAUACCAGCCAGUAUUAAUGAAGAGUCAGUAGACGAAAAUUCAGCUCUGGAAUUUCAACCUCAACAGAGACAAGAGGAAAUGAUUAGCCCAUUCAAUUCAAUUACCCGAUUACGUGCACAAAAAUUAAUGUCUGGACCAUAUAAACAUUUGGAACACAGAUGGAUUUGGAUAAAAUUUUUGGAUGGUCCAAUCAGUAAUGAAAAAGCCGAAUCGAUUUUAUCCAAGAUGUCACAUGACCUGAAGUUAACAUCACCAAUCUCAUUUUUCUUUCUUGACAAAUCAAGACGUGUUCUAUACUUCCACAUUCCAUCAAAUGCUGGUAUAACUGCUGAUCGUAUUGUGAAUGCUUUAAUUACUAAAAUUCAUUCCAUUGAUGGUUAUACAAUUGAAGAUGUCGGAUUCGGUCGUGGAGCUACAGUUGAUAAAAGCGCUAGAUUUGAUGCUGUUGCUGCUGCACCCGUGUAUGAUGGCACCUCAGACUACAGUAUUCGAGAGAAAUGGGAAAAGUAUACAAUGACAAUAAUUCUCUGCUCGUCAAUACUUGGUGUAGUCGUUAUACUCACACUGAUUUAUUUAGUUCAAGUUUGCCAAAGAAGAAGAAGGAAUAAAAUUAAAAGUGAAUCAAAUGAAAAUUUAUCAUCUCCACAUUCUGAGGAAUCAAUUCAUUCAUCGAAGAAAUCAUUUGGUCAGAGCAAUAAACUGUCUGAAUCACAGCAUAGUAGUGUUUCUUCUUGGUCGAAUGAACCAAUCCAGUGCAGUAUUGAUGUUCCAACUGGGCAUUUAAUUUUGUCAUAUAUGGAAGAACAUUUGCGUGAUCGUGAUCGAUUGAUAGCUGACUGGAAUUCCAUAGACAAAUAUGUAUCUGAAGAGAGUGUAUUAUUCAAAGAAGGAGAGAACCCUAAAAACAAGCUUAGAAAUCGGUUAGGGGCUCCAUUACCAUAUGAACAAUCUCGCGUUAAACUUCGGUCUGGAGACAAUGAUUACAUCAAUGCAAGUUUGCUAUAUGAUAACAAUCCAAGAAAUCCCGUCUACAUUGCAACCAUGACGCCAACAAUCGAAUCAAUUCCAGACUUUUGGUUAAUGGUCUGGGAACAAGGAUGUGUUGUGAUUGUCUGCUUGGAACGUAAUGAUGAACUGAAGAGAAUGGAUGAAGUCAAUCAGCUAGAACCAAACGAUGCUUCCGUCAAAUACUGGCCAAAUGAAGGUACUCAAGUUUACGGUUCCUUUGAAGUUCAUCUUGUUUCUGAACAUAGUUGGAGUGAAAACUACAUUAUACGUUCCUUCUACCUAAAAAGUAUGACGACAAAUGAAACACGUACUGUCACACAAUUCCAUUACCUUACAUGGAAAGAUGAAAGCUUAAAGGACAAUAGUAAACCCAUACUGGAGUUCCGUCGAAAAGUCAAUCGAUCCUUCCGCGGAAUGAUGAGCCCUAUUUUGGUUCAUUGUAGUGAUGGUUGUGGACGAACAGGAGCGUAUAUUCUAUUGGACUUGGCAUUAAACCGUAUUGUUAAGGGCAUAAAGGAGAUUGAUAUCGGUGCUUCAUUGGAACAUCUAAGAGACCAAAGACCAAAUAUGAUUAGAACAUUGGAACAGUAUGAAUUCGUCCUUUCAUCAACUGCCGAAGAAGUGGAUGCAAUGCUUCAAACAAAUACAUGAAAAUUUUUUUGCCAAAUGAAAGAAAAUACAAAUGCAUAAUGAAUCCAAAAUCAAAUGGAAUAUGGCAUGCAAAAUUUUCAAAUAAAACUGCCAAAAGAUAUUAAUCAUGCAUAUUCAUUUCUUUUUCUCUUACAAAACUAAAACUCUGCUGUAAUCUUCGCAGAUAACGUGCAUUCAAAUCCAUUAGGUGGUAAGUCAUAGAUAUAUCUAGCCUACGAGUUUAGACAAUCGUUAAGAAUUGGAAGGAGAUAUUAGCUCUUGUUGAAUACCAAUCCGAAACUAUCUUAACAUGAACAAAUGUGCUGAUA